AUGAUUGGCAAGUACGGGGAGGUUGUUUGGUUUGCGGUGUCGACAUGGUGUGACAGCGUGAAGAUUAUUCGGCGUGCAUCGGCCGCCGUGGCUACUAUACCGAAGGCUCUCGACGCCGAGCACCCUAUUGACCCCUCUCAAAAGCUGCAACUCAUUAUAUCCUUCAUUGAAACCUGUGUCACCGGAGUUUUCCCUGGUGGGAGACAAUCGUCCAUUGCCAAGAUCCCAGCUACAUGGUUCAGCACCGUUUUCAAUGCAGAGGGCAUACUUUCGGUAACCCUUCCUAGGGUCACUUCAUCGUCCCCCGAAAUUACAAGUCCAGUGCAGCGUAUGUUCGAGGCUUUCGGCUCCUAUACGAAUGUUGACCCGUUCCUGCUCGCGGAAAAGACCAUGAAUCAAAUUAAGGGUGCUUUUGCCGGCUUCGGCCCCGCGAUUGCGAUGGAAAAUCUGGACGAGGUCUUUUAUGACAGCAUCGGCGGUGACACCACUGCGAUCAGAGAACAUGCGCGGCAAAAAUGGAUGACAUAUAUCCAGAAGUCUAUCGCCCUUUUUGGGUAUCUUAAACACACAGAGUUUCAGAGUCACUUGGACGCCGUGGUAAGCAACGUCCGAACCCAACUUGCUCUCACUGAGCAAAACACUUCCGGCGGGGGUGGUCUUGUUGCACACUGGGACGAAUUCUGGUACGUUCAGAAGGAGGAGAUGUCCAAGUUUGCCCAGCAGCAGGUUCGUGACCAGAUCAUGCGUUUGUCCUAUCUGGUGUCUCGGACAAGGCCGGCCAAUACAAUGGUGUGGACAGUGUUGUUGGACACCUGA